AUGUCGCCCGACCCCCACGACCGCGGGGCGGCACCGCCACCACACCCCGACCCCGAGUCCAGCGACAGCUCCUCCGUGCCGCAGUCCCCUCCGCCGCCGCCCAAGCCCUCGACCGACCCCGUCCUGGUGAUACAGCCUCCCCACCCCGACCUCCAGCCUAUAACGUCUCCCCAGCUCACCGCCCAGCCCGAUGACAUCUUCAAGGUCCCCGCCAUGGCCGCCCUCAAGCUGCUCAGUGCCGGCGUCGAGGCCCUGGUGCGCAUCACCGGCGACAUCCCACCCACCCCGCCCCCCAUGGUCCCACACAUACCCAACAUGAGGAGCAUGCAGGCCGAGAAGGAGAGCAUCGUGCGCAACCACUCCGAGAAGAGCCUGACGCGCCUGCGCGAACAGAGCCUGCGCGAAGAGGAGCUGGCCGCGCGCCACACCCAGGACGCCGGCAACACCCCCGGCCCAGCAGCCACCCUGCCAGACGACCAGGGCACCAUAUCACCGCCCUCGUCGCAGCAGAGUCCCGCUGGGCCCGUCCUGGCUGUACCGAAGCCGACGCGCACUGCGAACCUCACCGUGCCCGGCCUACACCCCCCAGCGCCCCCACCCAUCGACGGCGUGCACCUCAGGCCCACACCCAGCCCUGAGCCGAGCAGCUUCGUGCCGCCGCCGCCGCCCUCCUCCACACCCGAGCCGUACGUCAUCAUCGGCGCCAACAGUCAGCCCCUUAACAUGCAGCAUAAUGCCAUCACGCGCAAGUUCUACAGCAAAAAGCCGCCACCGAUCGGCAUCAGCGACUAUCUUCUGCGCAUCCACCGCUUCUGCCCCAUGAGCACCGCUGUUUACCUCGCUACGAGUCUCUACAUCCACAGGCUCGCGGUCGACGAGCGGGCGGUGGCCGUCACGAAGAGGAACGCGCACAGGCUACUUCUGGCCGGUCUGAGGGUGGCCAUGAAGGCGCUGGAGGACCUGAGCUACCCGCACGCCAAGGUGGCCAAGGUGGGCGGCGUGAGCGAGCUGGAGCUGGCCAGGCUCGAGAUCAGCUUCUGCUUCCUGUGCGGCUUCGAGCUGGUGGUCGGCGCCGGGCUGCUGCAGGACCACUGGACAAACAUGAAGAACGGUGCCGACCUGACCAUCAUCGGGGCGGGCGGUAGGGUCCCUCUGCCGGGGCUGAGUCUCGCGAACCUGCCCAAGCCGAGGAACCUACCGCCCCAGGCAGUUGUUGAAGGCUGA